CCGCUAUCUAUCAGCUGUCAAAUUGUCAACACUCAACAGUUCGUUUCAUGAAAUCGCAUAGUUUUUGUUUUGCAAAGGUGGGUGUGAAGAAUGAGUAACCCGGAGAGAAAGGGCAAAAUCCCGGAUGCGCCUGUCCCUGCAGCGUUACCCGGGAACUUGCUCUCGAGUGUUGCGCCACCUACAGAGCUCCCAAACUUCAUAACAGCGACCACUGCACCCGUAGACAUGGCACAACCCGCCGCAGAGCCUGUGCCUGUUACACCUAUUAUAGUUCAGCAAAGAGAAGAACCUCAAAACAUGGAGAAUUUUAGUCCGGCAAUUCCACUCAGCAAAGGAGAGCCAAUGCUACCAAUAAGGUCUCCAGAAGAUUCACAGACUACGCAGUCGCCUGACUCUCUGCCUGCAUCUACUCCUGAAAUGGAGAGAAUAGAUUUACUAUCCACAAAUGGUAACACUGGGGAUGUGAUGCCUGGUAGUGCUCUGUUCACCUGGGUGAAGGGCGCAGUGUCCACCGGAGGGAUUUUGCACCGAGUGGCAGAGAAAGCCAAGAGUUCAGUCGACUCCAUGAUCACAACACUUGAUCCACAGAUGAAGGAGUAUCUUAAAAGUGGUGGUGACAUAUACGCAGUAGUCGCGUCGGAUAAAGAAGUCAAAAUAUCACCAAUAAGAGAGGCCUUCCAAGCAGUCUUCGGUAAAGCUACUAUUGUUGGCUUCUCGGCUCAAAGCGAUGUGACGGCUGAACAGCCGGUGGGGUAUGCCGCCGCGUACGCAGCCGCCAAGCAACGCAUAGCGCAUCUCAGGUCGCUGCACAGCGAGUUAAAUAACAACGUUCCCAUCAUCGCCGUCGAGAGCUUCCUUAACGAAUCUAUCAGUGAUAGGUGGUUCGACAUAGCCCUGCUAGUACUAUCACAGCCGUCACUGGGCAUAGAGCUGCAGCUGCAGAGUCAAGGCACCCCGGUCCCGAGCCCGGCGGUGGCGGCGCUCCAAGCACACACGCCUGCAGACUACGCGCACGCGCAGACGGGAUACAGCGCCACUGUCGGCUCCAUUAUGGCAGCUAGCUUGCAGGUACCGCACACACAAUGGCAGGAGGCGACAACUGGAGUAUCAAGAAGGGAAAUACUACUGCUUGCGGCCCGGUCCCUUGCAGGCUCUUAUAAGAAGAUGCUCGCUGUCUCCGCGGCGGAGGCCUAGCCUGAACUGAUGAGCGAUGACUCGCAAUAAAUUCGAAUGGAGGCCACUGGCAGAAGUCUUAAAUAUCUCAUAAAUAUUAUUUAAGUGUAUAUAGAUUUAUAAAGUUAUUAUGUUAUAGAAAAUUAAGAAAUAUAUUAUGUAUUAUUGGGGCCAACGCCAA